CUCUGUUUACGUAUCUCCGCAGCAUAAAAAAUUCUCGUACAACAACCAAUCAAAGUGGAAGCAGCCUAGAAACAUUUUUAUGUGCGUUGUAUUUUUAGCAAAGGUUUUCAGAUAAAAACUCUCGGAAUUGUAUCGUCAAGCUGAUUAUAGUAGCAACAUAAAACAAGGAAACUGCCUCUCGAAUGAGCUUGCGCUUGGAUGGGGGGAAGAAUCUGGUGCUGGUGUUUGUUGACGACAACCCCAAUUGCGUCUGUUGAUUGUUGACGAUUGGCGCAGUAUAAACGCGAUGGACGACACAGCAGCUCCAGCUGAUCAGAAUACCUCCGGUGGGUCGUCAAAUAUGUUCGAUGAAGAUCCCGCUAGGGUAGAUCCUGCGGAAUCUGUCGACGGUUCGGACAAUGCUGAGCAAGUGGACGGCCAAGCUGAUGCAUCGGAAGAUGGUGAGGAUUUCUAUGUGCCCGCGAACUUGCUUCCCGUUGGCUCGGAACCACCCGAAGAGCUGCGGCAAGAUCAUGCUGCGUUGGUGUUUGAGCAACCGACGAUCAACAUGGAAAUAGAUCUGGCGCGUAUUCAGCAGCCUGGAUUUCUGUCGCCAGUCAUUAUUCUGAACAACAAUCUGAUAGUGGAUCCCGUUCCGGAAGCGCAGGCCACGAUUGAGAUUGUUGACGAUGAUGAUCACGGCGGGGGAAGCGAUGGCGAUGAGGAAGACAGAGUAGCCACACCGACGGCUAUGAUGGCAGCAUCGAUGGAGGGUCCGAUUGUGCUGAUCGAGGACACGUUGCGUUUAGAACAUCGACAGGACGGCCAAGCUGGACCAUCUGUGCUACGAACUGUCGGGGACUCGCCGAGGAAUCGAAAACGUCGACGAACCAUCACACCACCGAAGCCAACACCCACUCCUGCCAGUGCCAGCAACCCGCCGUAUGACGAUGACGACGAUGGUACCAUUUGUUCGAUCUGUCUGGACAGCUGGACACUGACCGGCGAGCAUCGGCUGGUAUCACUGAAAUGUGGACACCUAUUCGGGUACAUGUGCAUUAAACGCUGGCUGCAGGAUAAUCCAAUGCAAAGCCGUUGCUGUGCAACUUGCAAAACGAAAGCCCAUCUUCGCGACAUCCGGCAUCUGUAUGCUAAGGCAGUGAAGGCGGUGGACAAUUCCGAAGAGUUGCGACUGAAACAGCAGGUCGACGAAGAGAAGCUAAAGGUUAGUAAGCUGGCUGGGGAACUACAGGUCGCUCGGAUGGAACUGGAAGUUCAACGGACGGUGGCAGGUGAGCUUAGAGCGAGGCUGAAAGAUUACGAACAACGUGGCGUUGAUGAGAUACGGUCUAACGCAUCACUGAUGGGAGAACUUUCUAGCGUUACCAAAUCCAUACGGAAUUAUAAGAUUGCGCUGGAUAAAACAAUUGAUUUGUGUCGGGAUCCCGGCUGUCGGGUGAUGGCUUACGGUAGCAAACGACAGCAUCUACUCAUUUCUCAGAAAUCUACUCAGAAUCUGUUCCCAGGAUAUUCGAUAAAAUUUAUCGAUAUACCAUCAUUCCAGAACUCCUCGGUUCUUCACAUUUCGAGUAAAAUGAUUCGUGAUAUCAGCAUCGAUGUGGAGGAUGAACUGUUUACUGCGGCCACCAGCGAGCGGUGGGUAAAAUUGUUUUCAUUCAACAACCGAUCCGUCAUUACAUUCACACCGUCCGACGCGAACGUGUGGUCUUGUGCCUUCGAUCGGGAGCGUAGUAAGUUCCUAUACUUGGGUACUCAGUCGGGAAUGGUGUAUGUUUACGACAUUCGUAACAAUAAUCAGUAUGUGGAAGAAUUCCGCACGGAAGGUGACUGUUCACCAAUCAUCAACAUUUGUCCAGUAUCGCCGACCAGUUCGAUUCCAUUCGGCGGGUUCCUCGUCUGUAAGCUCACCUCAUGCUGGUUCUUCGAAUAUACAGCUGCUCAACGGGUCGAGUCCAUAAGGUUGAACGUGGAUGGUCCCUUCACUGCCAUGAACUAUUGCGAAAAGACUAGCUACAUUAUGAUAACGACACGGCCUAGCAGUCGCCAUCCAAGGGCUCGUUAUAUCAUUGCCAGUCUGGUCAAGUUGGAGUCCAUAUGCGCUCUACAUAUUGUUCAUACCAUAACGGGGUCCGCAGUGGAACCGAACAUGAUCCGCAGUGCUCAGGUCAGCUUGGAAGGAAACAACACGCUGGUGGCGGCAUAUUUGCAAGAUGAUCGUCAGCUGGCCACUUGGAGCGCCGGCAAGGGCAAUCAGCGCCUGCAGAGUCUACCGGUAUCCGAUGUGCUUUGGGACCUGUGUCCAAUCUACGCGUGCAACCAGACCUUCCUGGCCGCGUUAAGCGAUAGCAAAUGUCGCGUGUAUCGGGCCUAUUCCGAGUAGUUUAGGACAGUGUAAGCAAAAGUACAAGUUUGAUUGUGUUGUUGAGUUUCGCGCAAUUGGAUAUAGUUAAGAUUACAUAAACUUUGUGUUGCGUUUGUCCAAAUGAAUAGUUUCCAAAGGUAUCAUAACGAGAAGACCAUGUUGCUAGGUUAGUCGAUUAAGUACGUUAUUUUUUAAUGCAGAAUUCGUACAAAUAAAGCCAUACA